AAGACAGUCGGCAGAGCCGGAGCGCUCCAGCUCCUCCCUCCUGCUCUGCUCAUCCUCUCUCCCCUCGUUCCCUCGGAGUGCCUUGUGCCCCGGCAGUACUGUCCUGCCCCGACAUCCUGAGGUCCUCCCGUGGGGAGGACUUAAGUGGACAGCAGGAGGGGGUGGAGGGAGGGAGGGUUUGCCCUGCAGGCUCUCUGGAUGCAGAAGCUGGACUCGCUGCAGAGGCAGCUGUGCUGUUCCCAAGUCCAGCUUCAGGGGUGCAUCCAUCUCUUGGGGUUCCAGGGGGCACACAAGGUGGGUGCCAUCCCUUCCAGGCACUGACGUAGAGUCAGCCUUCCCUCUGCCACCAUGAGCAGCUGCUCCAGAAGAUGCAAGCUUGGCUUUGUGAAAUUUGCACAGACCAUCUUCAAGCUCAUCACCGGGACCCUCAGCAAAGAUAAGAUUGAAGAUGAGCUGGAGAUGACCAUGGUUUGCCAUCGGCCUGAGGGACUGGAGCAGCUUGAGGCCCAGACCAACUUCACUAAGAGGGAGCUGCAAGUCCUUUAUCGAGGCUUCAAAAAUGAGUGCCCCAGUGGUGUGGUCAAUGAAGAAACAUUCAAGCAGAUCUAUGCUCAGUUUUUCCCUCAUGGCGAUGCCAGCACGUACGCUCAUUACCUCUUCAAUGCCUUCGACACCACCCAGACAGGCUCCGUGAAGUUCGAGGACUUUGUAACUGCUCUGUCGAUUUUACUGAGAGGAACCGUCCAUGAGAAACUAAGGUGGACAUUUAAUUUGUAUGAUAUCAAUAAAGAUGGAUACAUAAACAAAGAGGAGAUGAUGGACAUUGUCAAAGCCAUCUAUGACAUGAUGGGGAAAUACACCUAUCCUGUGCUCAAAGAGGACACACCAAGACAGCACGUGGAUGUCUUCUUCCAGAAAAUGGACAAAAAUAAAGAUGGCAUCGUGACUUUAGAUGAAUUUCUUGAAUCAUGUCAGGAGGAUGACAACAUCAUGAGGUCUCUCCAGCUGUUCCAAAAUGUCAUAUAAUCUGGUGACACUCAGUCACUCAGCUCUCAGAGACAUUGUACCAAACAACCACCUUAACACCCUGAUCUACCCUUGUUCUGAUUUUACACACCAACUCUUGGGACAGAAAUGCCUUUUACACUUUGGAAGAAUCCCCUGCUGAAGACUUUCUAUGGAACCCAGCAUCACAUGGCUCAGUCUCUGAUUGCCAACUCUUCCUCCUCCCUCUUCUUGAGAGAGACAAGAUGAAACCUGAGUUUGUUUUGGAAGCAUGCUCAUCUCUUCACAUUGUUGCCCUAUGGAAGGUCCCUCUGCUUAAGCUUAAACAGUAGUGCACAAUUUUCUGCUUAUGUUGCCCCCAGCCCACUGCCUCAAAGUUGAGCAGACCUUGAUGAAUCUGGAAGCAAGAGGGCCUGAGCCAAAUUCCCACCAUCCUCUGAUGGCCUCUCAAAACAACGUGCCUGUUUCACUUCCACUGAUGGGAAGAAUGAGAGUUAUAAAGAACAAUUGGAAGCUUCCAUGACUAGAUUGGGAGAGCCAGCACUUAACACAUGUGAGAUAGGACUGAAUUAUUAAGCAUGGCAUAGUCUGAUGACCCAAACUGCCCACGUCAUUUGUUUCCAGAGACAAAGACCAAUAAUUAUCUCACACUAGCAUCUGUGCUGGUAGUGCAAAUCCCUUAACAGGCCCAGGAAGGGAGCCAUUGCCCAGUGGUUCAUAUCUCCACUCCAUCCCCUGCUUGAGCCCAGCACUGCAUGUCCCUCCCAAAAAGUCCAGAAUGCCUGCAAAUUGCUGUAAUUUUAUACCAUGUUCUAACCAAUAAACAGAACUAUUUCUUACACUCUCAA